CAGCCGGCCUAGGCCUCGCCGGGCUCCGCCUUGCCCGGCUACGCAGGCGGUAGGGCUGCGGUAGGGGCCGGGCGGCACCAUGGCGGCGGCAGCGCCUGCUGCGGCGGCUUCUCCCGAGGCGCCGGCCGUCCCCGGCACGGCAGACCCGGAGACGGGAGACGAGGACAGUCGUGAGGUCCGAGUGCUGCAGAGCCUGCGCGGCAGGAUCUAUGAAGCAAAAAAUUUAUUGCCAUAUCUUGGACCCAACAAAAUGCGAGAUUGUUUCUGCACUAUAAAUUUGGACCAAGAAGAAGUUUAUCGCACCCAGGUUGUUGAAAAGUCUUUAAGACCAUAUUUCAGUGAAGAAUUUUACUUUGAAAUUCCAAGAACUUUCCAGUAUUUGUCGUUUUAUGUUUAUGAUAAGAAUGUCUUACAAAGAGAUCUUCGUAUAGGAAAAGUAGCCAUCAAAAAAGAAGAUUUGUGUAAUCACAGUGGUAAAGAAACUUGGUUUUCACUGCAGCCUAUUGACUCGAAUUCAGAAGUUCAGGGAAAAGUUCACCUUGAAUUAAAACUGAAUGAACUGAUAACAGAGAAUGGAACUGUGUGCCAGCAGCUUGUUGUACACAUCAAGGCAUGCCAUGGAUUGCCUCUCAUAAAUGGACAAAGCUGUGAUCCUUAUGCAACAGUUUCCUUAAUUGGCCCUUCUAGGAAUGACCAAAAGAAGACAAAAGUAAAGAAGAAAACAAGCAAUCCGCAGUUUAAUGAAAUCUUUUAUUUUGAGGUAACCAGAUCCAGUAGUUAUACCAGGAAGUCCCAGUUCCAGGUAGAAGAAGAGGACAUUGAAAAAUUGGAAAUCAGGAUUGAUUUGUGGAAUAAUGAAAACCUAGUCCAAGAUGUUUUCCUGGGUGAAAUUAAGGUUCCUGUGAAUGUGUUAAGAAAUGAUUCCUCUCAUCAAGCCUGGUACUUGCUACAACCAAGAGACAAUGGAAACAAGUCAUCUAAAACUGAUGACCUGGGAUCUCUUCGAUUAACUCUAUGUUAUACAGAAGACUAUGUGCUUCCAUCAGAGUACUAUGAUCCGUUGAAAACUCUGCUGCUAAAAUCACCAGAUGUUCAGCCAGUAUCUGCCUCAGCUGCUUAUAUUUUGGGUGAAAUAUGUCAAGAUCAAAAGGAUGCUGUUUUGCCUCUUGUACGACUAUUGCUGCAUCACAAUAAACUUGUUCCUUUUAUCACUGCGGUGGCUGAACUGGACUUGAAGGAUACCCAAGAUGCAAGCACAAUUUUUAGAGGAAAUUCCCUGGCGACCCGGUGUCUGGAUGAGAUGAUGAAAAUAGUGGGAGGACACUACUUGAAAGUCACAUUAAAGCCUGUUCUAGACGAGAUAUGUGAAUCCUCGAAAUCCUGUGAAAUAGAUCCUGUUAAGUUGAAAGAGGGAGAUAAUGUAGAAAAUAAUAAGGAGAAUCUGCACUACUAUGUGGACAAAGUAUUCAAUACAAUUGUAGGAUCAAGUGUGAGCUGCCCCACUGUGAUGUGUGAUAUCUUUUAUUCUCUGAGGCAAAUGGCUACUAAGAGAUUUCCUAAUAACCCUCAUGUUCAGUACUCUGCAGUGACCAGCUUUGUGUUCCUUCGUUUCUUUGCUGUAGCGAUACUAUCACCUCAUACUUUUCAUUUGCGACCUCAUUAUCCAGAUACACAGACAAUUAGGACAUUAACUCUUAUCUCAAAAACCAUACAGACUUUGGGAAACUGGGAAAGUCUAUCCAGAAGAAAGUCUCGCUCCAAAAAAUCAGUCAUGUGUGAAUUUCUCAAAAUGUUUCAAGAGGAGAGAUAUUUUACAGACGUGAAAAAGUUCUUAGAUGAAAUUUCGUCUACGGGAACUAAAGAGUCCAGUGGUACGAGUGAGCCUGUGCAUCUGAAAGAAGGUGAGAUGUAUAAAAGAGCUCAAGGAAGAACCCGUAUUGGAAAAAAGAAUUUCAAGAAACGGUGGUUCUGCUUGACAAGCAGAGAGCUCACCUACCACAAACAGCCAGGCAAAGAUGCAAUUUACACUAUUCCAGUGAAAAACAUUCUUGCUGUGGAAAAACUGGAAGAAAGUUCUUUCAACAAGAAAAAUAUGUUCCAAGUGAUCCAUACAGAGAAAACACUCUACGUCCAAGCAAAUAACUGUGUGGAAGCUAACGAGUGGAUAGAUGUGCUGUGCAGGGUGAGCAGAUGCAACCACAACAGGCUCAGUUCUUUCCAUCCCUCAGCAUAUCUCAAUGGGAACUGGCUCUGCUGCCAGGAGACAAGUGAAACCACCCCAGGCUGCAAGCCAUGUACUGCAGGUAUUCCUGCAGACAUCCAGAUAGAUAUCGAUGAAGACAGAGAAACAGAAAGAAUUUAUUCCCUUUUUACCCUCAGUUUACUUAAGCUGCAGAAAAUGGAAGAGGCUUGUGGAACUAUAGCAGUCUAUCAGGGGCCACAGAAAGAGCCUGAUUAUUGUAACUUCACAAUUGAGGAUUCUGUUACGACCUUUAAGACAAUUCAGCAAAUAAAAAGCAUCAUAGAGAAGCUAGAUGAGCCUCACGAGAAAUACAGAAAGAAAAGAUCAAGUAGUGCAAAAUACGGAAGCAAGGAAAAUCCAAUUGUUGGGAAAAUAUCAUAGUUCGACCAGCUAAUGGAGAACUGGAAAAUACUCUUUUUCAUGGAGUUUUUAAUUCACCCAACUGUGUUCAUAGUAUGUAAGAGCAGACAUUGGCUUUGAUGAUACCUGCUUUCACGUUGUAUUUAAUAUUUAAUGGUUAAAAUUAACUGUUUGAGAAUUCUGAUAUUGAUGAGGUUAUUACUAGAGAAUUUGAAACCCAGGGCUUCCUUCAAAUUCAUGCAUCCAAAUCCAUAUCAUUGCAACUUCUUUUUGAUAGAAUCUUUCUAAGGAAGGUUCCUAAGAAGCUUUGUAAUAAAGGGAGCACUUCAGAGUAAGAAAGCAUCUCUGCUUGUAGCACCCUAUUGUGUGGACUCAUUUUCACUACCAUUAGUGCCUGCUCUAUACUGCCAACAUUGUGUUUUACUAGAAAAUCCCAGUCCAUUGUCAGUUCAGAACUUUUCAUUGAGUUCAUCUGGACCCUCCAUCUCCAAAAAGAAAAAGACGAAAAAAACGAAACCUUUUUUUCCUGUGUUGUGUUAGCCAUUGCAGAUAAUAGAGACAGAGACGAAGACCUCACAACUCUCUUGAAAGCUGGUGGAUGUCUUGCCUUGUCACAGGUGUCAGAGUACACAGAUAUCAGGGAAUAUGUGCUCCUGUGUGCACCAUGUUUACAUUUGGAAUGAGUGAUGGCAGAUGAAUAAAAUGAGACCACUAAAAUGUUUUUCAUUGUUUUAAAUAUCAGGUACUCAUUUUCUUAAUUUGAGAAUCAGUUUAAAAUUACUCCUGAAGGCAUCUCUUCCCAACCAGAAGAGAAUAGUGCAGGUGGUGAGAAAAUCACUUGACCUUGCCUGCUGUUCAUGUCAUAGUAAGGGUGUGUAAGGAUGCCCUCCGUAUAGUGUUAGGUCCUGCUCUAAUGCGAGAACAGUCACUUGGCGCACUUUAAUAAUCUGGCACAUUCCAGAUUGUAGUUUAGAUACUCCAUGGUAUCUAUCUUUUAUGAUCAGUUGAAUGAUCAGUGUUUAAGCCUAGAACAGUGCUUUCCUGAAAAUGUUUGUAUUUUAUUGCUGUUUCCUUAUUGCCUGCUAGCUGAAUGGAAUUAGGGUCAGCAACUGCUGAAAUCCUGUUUUUCCUUGCUCUAUGUGGGUCCUAAAAACCCUAACUGUAAAUAAGCAAUUGAAGCAAGUGCCACCCUGGAGAGCAAUGAUGCACUUGGCUUCAUCAGUAUUAAACCAUGGUACUUACUUGUCUUUUUUAAUUCAGAACAUUUUCUAAGUGUAGUACUUUGAACCUUGGGGUAUUUACACAUGUUCCUGUUGAAAACUGUGACUUAUUGGUGUAAGUUUAACUAGCUGUGAUUUUUCUAUUUUGUUGAGCUUAAGCUGUAUUUCAGAAUAUAUUUGCCAAUUACGUUGUUGCUAGGUAAUUGUUUUUACAUUGUUAUUAAGUAAUUUUUAAAAUUUUUUUAACACAGAGUUGUCCCAUAAAAAAAUCAUGACAAAAAUGUAUUUUUCUAAAUGACUUUUGUUGUUAUUUUUACUCUUUGCUCUUUUGGGGGGCCUGCCACCCAGCUCCCACAUUAAUCACAUGGAUACUUAUUAUUACUUAUGAAUGCCCAGCCUUACCUUGGCUUAUUUCUAGCCAGCUUUUCUUAUAUUAUCUCGUCUACCUUUUGCCUCUGGGCUUUUUCCUUUUCUUUCUUCUGUAAUCUUAUUUCACUCUUACUCCAUGGCUGGCUGGGUGGCUUCUUUUCUUGCUCCUUGAUCUCUCUUGCUUCCUGAUCCCUCUUUUUUCCUAUUUAUUCUCUCUGCGUUCCAGACCCUCCUAUCCUUUCUCCUGCAUAGCUUUUGGCUAUUCAGCUCUUUAUUAGACCAAUCAGGUGUUUUAGACAGGCAAAAUAACACAGCUUCACAGAGUUAAACAAAUGCAACAUAAAAGAAUGCAACACAUCCUUGCAUCUCAUUAAACAGAUGUUCCACAGAAUAAACAAAUGUAACACAUCUUAAAAUAAUAAUCUACAACAGAUUUUUAAGAGUUAGCACAGGCCUGAAUUGUGCUUGAUUGUGACUCCUAGCCCAUGAUAAAGUUUAGAAGAGUCUGACAGACUUAGAGAUCCCAUUAACUACACUGUGUUGUAGAUGUUAAAAAAUUAGCCAUUUAAUACAUUUCUCAUGAACUUCAUAUUAAAAUUCCUACUUAGAUUCUCCAAAAUGUACCUUAAAAGGACGUGAGUGGUCUGGAUAAAAGAGUUCAAGACUCUUUAGUGAUUUUCUCCCCGCAAAAGGAACUAUUUCCUAAUAAUUUCUUGUUGUUGUUUUGAGACAAAGGCUCACUAUGUAUCCCUGGCUGGCCUAGAACUCACAGAGAUCCACCUGCCUCUGCCUCCACCUCCUAUGUCCUGGAAUUAAAGGCACAUGCCACACCCCUAACAUUUCUAAUAUUAAACUCCAAUUAUAAAUAUUUUUAAAGAUCAUAGUAUCAAAAAGGCCAAAGCUAUGUACAUAUAUAACUCUGAGAGCUCAGUCUUCUAGUUCUGUUAUUGACAUGACCCUUUAAACAGCCAAAUUGACUGGAAUUAAUUGGACAGCUUAGCACAGUAUAAAGAGAGAAAUAUACAACUAAUUUUCCUUAGGUUAAGUCUUUUCCAGUCAGAAAUCAUGUCCACAGGACCUUACGACAAUCAAGGCCCUUCUAAGGGCCUUCUCCUUUGUUGGGCUCUUGAGUACUUUGAGUCUCAAUUCCAUGAUCUUCUGUCUCUGCCUUUUACAAAGAGCAUUUGGAAAAAAAUAUAUGGCAGCUGGCCUCUCCCUAAAACCUGGAGACCCCAGAAAGGACAGAAGAAGAUGAUGGGGAGAGACUUACCAGAGAUGCUCACUAGCUCUGAGCUUCAUGGAGCUGUGUCCAUCCAAUACUCAGAGUAUGGGAUAUGUUGUAUAUUUUUUUAGCUUUGUUUUAAAUCAUCAUCUGAUAAGACAGUGGGCAAUAGCAAAGGUUUUUACUCCCAGGAAUAUAACUUAUCAACUCAAACUAUUUUGUUUACCAAAGAAACAUGUUUUUAUUUUUUUUUUUUGAAACAUGUUUUUAAUUCACGGGUAAUAGUGAAGAGUCAAAACUGGGCUCUUCUUUUACCAACAGAAAACAUCCCAUGACUGAUGGUUGUGGCUUUUGUUUGUGUUUCCAAGGCCUGAUUUCAGUCUUUUACUGGAAAAGCUCAUUCAAGCCAUGUUUUAAAAACAGAUUUCUUUUAAGUGAACGCACCUUCUAAUUUGCUUUAAGUACUGUUGAAUAGCCUAUAAAAACAGACUCAGCAGAGCUUUCUGGUCCUCACAUAUGUGACAAAAACAAAACUCAUUCUAGAGUUAAAUUACUGAUCUUGAUUGAUGUUAUCUGCUUCCAUUUUUAACCCGGGAAUUAAUAUGUUGUUAGUAAAUAUUGGUUUUUACAGUGUCUAGUUUGAAAAUGUAAGUUAUCAAAACGUAAUAUAGUGAAUUUGUGUAACCAUGUUGUAUUGUUGAGAAUGUAUUUUUAUUUAAAUUUUAUUUUCUUAUGAAGAGUAUUAUAAAAAUUAAAACCUUUUGUAACUGUUGUUUGAAAAUAACUCAAAUAAAGUACAAGAAGCCUGUC